UACUGUAUCGUAUAAGUAUUUUCUGUAAUUGAGUUUGACGAUAGAUGAUAAUUGAAUAUUCGUAAUGGCAAACUUGAGUACUGAUGAGAAUAACGUGAACGAAAUCUUGAUACAAUUUUGCAACCUAUCAGUGUCGCUAGCGAAAGUGACGCUCAAUAAAUACGAUGCCGGUGUUGUUCUUGCAAUAAUAACUAGCGUUAUUUCAGCUGUUGUGAACAUUGGUGUCAUUGUCGUUAUUGCUAGUACUAAGGAACUCCAAAGAAGACAGAAUAUUUUUACAUGUUCCUUGGCUCUUUCUGAUGGGAUAUUUGCAUUAUCAAGUUUGGCUACGCUUAUCGCUCUGGGGGAUCAAACGACCUUCGUCCAGGUAAUGUUCUCAGUAAGUGACAUUUCAAUAUCGGUGUCUCUCUGCACAAUCGGUUCUAUAGCACUAGAACGGUUCAUUAUUAUCGUAUGGAGGCCGUUUGAGCGUAAAAAGAUCUCCACAAAAACAAUUUUAAUUCUUUGUAUUUUCAAUUGGAUAUUAAUCAUAGCCAUAACCGUUCCAGGUUACGUCGGGAAUUAUCGUGCAGAAAUGUAUCUUACCACCCCGUCUUUUAUCACAGGUAUUAUUGUCUUUAUUGUUAUCCUAUACAUCGCUAUAUACUGGAGUGUACGGCAACACGAACCGAAAACGAAUUCAUUUAGAAGUAAGCGGGAAAAGUUUAACUCUGAUCGUCUGCUUGUAACCUUCUCGUUGAUUCUCGGUAUCUUUGUUGUCUGCUGGUUGCCGUACUGCAUCGUAAUUAUUCUUAGUAACAUGAGUUUUGAGUAUUGUGACGAGGCGCUUACGGUAUCUUAUAUGAUAGGAUUCGAACUUAUAUUGAUAAAUUCUUUGUCCAAUCCAUUUAUAUACCUUUGGAGGAUUAAGAAAUUUCGCAACGCUUCGUGUAGAUUAUUUUCGUGCGGAAAACGAACAUUUUUUUGAAUAAUUUAAUUUGAGAUGGUUCCUAUGGUUGACAUUCGUUGAAUAACAGGUAGUAGUUAACAUUGAUGAACAUGACAAUAGUGAAUCUUACUAAUGAAUAAGGACACAAAUUAAUGAUGACGUUUAUAGAACUAAUAUAUUCGUCAAUACAAAUAUUGUCAGUUCGUCUGGGAGCCGCACAGACUUGCCACAAGUCUUUAAUUUAUUGAUUUUUCGUAGUAUUAGCACAUUUCGGAAAGCGCCACCAGCAUCAGUUUAUGUCGAGAAACGUUUUGAUGCGAAUUAAUACCAGAAAAAGUAUAUUAUUUAACGCCAUGCAAAUAAGAAAUAUGGAACGCCAUUAAUGCCAAAAAAGAUUUAUUCUUAAGCCUUUUCACUGAUUAAGACAACGUUUAGGACUAGAAACCAGUCUAGGUGCCGCAGCUUAUGAUAGAGGUGGUGGCGACGGAGAUGGAGAGGACUACGGUGACGAUGAGCAUGGUGAUGGCAUAAUAAUUUUGCUACCAAUAACUUUAUGUCAAAAUUGCACCUGGGAGCCAUGUACAUCGAUACCAUAUUAAUAUGAUAAUUAUGUUUUAAUACUAAAUUUGCCUAUAUCAACAUUUAUAAUAAAUACUGUAAUUUAAAAUAUGUAAGUUAUUAUUUAUGUUAAAUAUUGUAUUGUGAAAUAUGCUCUUCAAAUAAUUUCAUUAGGCUUUUUGGUUGUUAAUCGUAAUUUUCAUAGAAUAAAAUAAAAUACGUACGUACUUGCUACAUUUUGUUCUUCUGCUAGC